AUGCCCGCGGCUGCCGGCCCCAUUGGUCUCCGCGAUCACAUGCGGGGCGGGGCGGGAAGGAAGCCGCUGCCUCCCCCGCCCUCCUCGGCUCCGCGGCGCUCUGAGCCAUCCCGCGGCCAAAGGAGAGGGAGCAGCUGGGAGCCCCGCAGCGCCAUGGCUUGCCUCACGGUCUACAGCACCUCGGUGACCGGCUCCCGGGAGAUCAAAUCUCAACAGAGCGAAGUGACCAGGAUCCUGGAUGGAAAGAACAUCAAGUACGUUCUGGUGGAUAUUUCCCAGGAUAAUGCCUUGCGGGAAGAAAUGAGGGCCAAAUCCGGCAACCCCAAAGCCAUCCCUCCGCAGAUUUUCAAUGGGGACCACUACUGCGGGGACUACGAGUUAUUUGUGGAAGCAGUGGAACAAAACACCCUGCCAGAGUUCCUGAAGCUAGCCUGAGUGCAUUACUUCUCUUCCUCCAUCCUUGCUGGCCUUCUCCCUCCCUUCUUCCCCACCCCAACCAAAACUUGAACUUUGCAUUCCGGAUGAAUCACCACCUAACCUCGCAAGUCAACGUCGAACCUGUCCUGGCCCUGUAGGACCAAACCUCUGCUCCCUUCCAGCUGCCUGACUUCUGUUGCCUGCUUCACUCAGUAGGGCCUUGGAAGGGAAUCCACCAAAAGAUACUUUGCACAUUCCCUCAAAUGCCAUGCCUUGGUUCUUGUGCCUCUCUGGAUAAAGAAAUCUGCCCAGUCCAAGGACCUUGGAGUUUGUCUUCCCCAUUUUGUUGUAAAAGCUGAACAUGGGCUUGGGUGUUGCCUCCCAUCUUAUCACCAUUUGCCCUUCGAUGUGCAAACACUCAACACUGCUUGUCCUCUUUCAUUUUAUUGCAGAAAACUAAUACAGCAGAAAGCCUGUUUCUUUUUAUUACAAGGCAGUGCAAAAGCACUGCACUGGGUCGUGGGCUGAAACAUCCUUCUGGGCCAGAGGAACAGCGGUUGUGUGUGUCUUAAAAUCACUUCAACACAAUCCAGCACUCUCUUAAGGAAAGCAUCUUUAAGCCGGUGGUGAGAGUAGACCUCAGGCUUCAUUUACAGCAGUCAAAGGACAGUCUGGUGGAAUCCAUGACUUCUGAGGUCUGCUCUGCCAUCAGCUGUAAUGUCCAACGUGAUGCUUUCCUUCUGGGAGUGAGCAUUUUACAAACAUGGACCAAGUGCAUUUUUUUUGUUGUUUUGUGUUCCCCCCCUGCUAAAAGCAAAGUUUGUAAAACAGCACUCUCUUCUAAGAUGCUAUUAAGUGUUGCUAAAAACCUUGCUGUGACUUCCUGUGGUUUUUAAAAACUUGUUUACUUCAAAGAUAAAUGCCACCCUGCUUAUUGAUUCCAAAAUCCAUUUGCCAGUGUUUAUGUAGGCUGUGUGUCCAUAAGUAUGGCUCAGCAGAAAGAAGACGCCUUUGCCCGAGUGCCAGAGACCAAAAGGUCUGACACAACCGCUCUAAGCUAGUCUGUAUUUCUAAAAUAGGAUUUUGUGCAAGGGGUAGGAAGGGCACAGUGCAGCAGCUAAACCAGUAAAGUGGGAUGGAUGUAACUGGUGAUCCUCAUUGCCACCCAAAUCAAGGAAAGGAGACCUGAGUUUAAAAGCAGCCCUAAACUGCAAAGCCCUGACUGCUGAACUAGAGCCAGGGUUGGGGGGCAGGGGAGGCGUGAGAGCUGCAUGGUUCGUGCUGAACUACCUAUUAAAAUUGGUUUCUUUUCUCUCAA